CUCUUUCUCUCUCUCUCUCUCUCUCUCUCCUCUUUCUCUCGCACACAUAAAAACACACACACACACACACAAAUUAGUGAGAAAUCUCAACAGGAGAAAGCUCAACAGGAGAGUAAGGAGGAUUCCGCCGCCGCCGCCGCCGCCGCCAUCGUCUCCGCGCACGCGUCAGCUGCUGGAGUGAGGAAUCCAUCGCCGUCGCCGGUGUUGCGAUGAAUCUAUCGGGUCGAACCGACAACGCCAUCAAAAACCACUGGAACUCAACCCUCAAGCGCAAGUGCUCCUCCUUGAGCUCCGACGAAGGCGGUAACUUCGAUAACAACGACGGCGGUGGCGGAGAUUACGGUGGUGGUGGUCAGCCGGAGCGGCCGUUGAAGAGAUCCGUCAGCGACGGGUCGGGUAUACCCGUUUCGGGUAUGUACUUCAACCCGGGCAGCCCGUCCGGGUCGGACGCCAGCGAUUCGAGUCUGCCUUCCCAUGUCUAUAAACCGGUGGCGAGAUCCGGCGUCGUUUUGGUUGAAACCGCUUCUUCCUCCGUCGUUGACCCGACGACCAGUCUCAGCCUGUCUCUACCCGGAGUUGACCCGACCGAGUCAACCAAUCACAGGACCGAGUCAACUCAACCCUUAGCUGUUAAUCCCAUCAUCCAUCAACCUUAAUCGACUAUGUACAUGUUCAUAGUCGAUUAAGCUAAUCGACUAUGUUCUGGUAUUCGAUUAAGGU